GUAUGACAUGAAAGUUGUUCAUUAAAUCUCCUUACCUGCCUGCAUUCAUUGCUCCCUCACCCCUCAUAUCAUCACUUCUUUUAUAAAGCUAGCGGAUUCCCCUCCUGCUCCCACCACCCUCCUCCUCUCCUCCUCCACCACCACCACCGUCGUCGCCGCCGCAGCUUUUUUCUCUACCCCUGAAGAAAAAACAAGAAACAUAGUAAUAAGAAAAGAUGCCGGAGAGUUUGCCGAGCUUCUCCAACUCCGUGAAGCUCAAGUACGUGAAACUGGGCUACCAGUACCUCGUCAACCACAUUCUCACCUUCUUGCUCAUCCCAAUCAUCAUCGCCCUCGCCGUUGAAAUUCUCCGGUUAGGGCCCGAGGAAAUAGUGAAAAUCUGGAAUUCUCUCCAGUUCGAUCUCGUCCAGGUCCUAUGCUCCUCCUUCCUGGUCGUAUUCAUCGCCACCGUCUACUUCAUGUCGAAGCCCCGGUCGAUUUACCUGGUCGACUACGCCUGCUACAAAGCCCCGGUCACUUGCCGGGUCCCUUUCUCCACUUUCAUGGAGCAUUCCAGGCUCAUUCUCAAGGACAAUCCCAAGAGUGUUCAUUUUCAAAUGCGGAUUCUUGAAAGAUCGGGUCUCGGGGAGGAGACCUGUCUGCCGCCGGCGAUUCAUUAUAUUCCCCCGACGCCGACGAUGGAGGCCGCCAGGGGUGAAGCUGAGGUUGUCAUCUUCUCCUGCAUCGAUUCCCUGAUGCAGAAGACUGGAAUCAAGCCCAAAGAUAUUGAUAUUCUUAUAGUGAAUUGCAGCCUGUUUUCUCCUACUCCGUCGCUUUCCGCCAUGGUCGUGAAUAAGUACAAGCUAAGAAGCAAUAUCAAGAGUUAUAAUCUUUCCGGCAUGGGUUGCAGCGCCGGGUUAAUUUCCAUAGAUUUGGCCAGGGAUUUGCUCCAGGUUCAUCCCAAUUCAAACGCUCUUGUUAUCAGCACUGAAAUUAUCACCCCGAAUUACUACAAGGGGUCCGAGAGAGCCAUGCUCCUCCCCAACUGCCUCUUCCGCAUGGGCGGCGCCGCCAUCCUCCUCUCAAACAAGAGCCGGGACAGCCGCCGCGCCAAGUACAAGCUAGUCCACGUCGUCCGAACCCACAAAGGCGCCGACGACAAGGCCUACAAAUGCGUGUACGAGCAAGAAGACCCGGAAGGAAAAGUGGGCAUCAACCUGUCGAAAGACCUCAUGUUGAUAGCCGGAGAAGCCCUGAAAUCCAACAUAACCACCAUCGGGCCGUUAGUCCUUCCAGCGUCAGAACAACUCCUUUUCCUCUUCACCCUAAUCGGCCGCAAAAUCUUCAACCCCAAGUGGAAACCUUACAUUCCCGACUUCAAACAAGCAUUCGAGCACUUCUGCAUCCACGCCGGCGGCCGCGCGGUUAUCGACGAGCUCCAGAAGAACCUCCAGCUCUCGGCGGAGCACGUCGAAGCGUCCCGGAUGACCCUCCACCGAUUCGGAAACACAUCUUCUUCUUCACUCUGGUACGAAUUGGGGUACAUUGAGGCUAAAGGAAGAAUGAAGAAAGGCGACAGAGUUUGGCAGAUUGCUUUCGGGAGCGGAUUUAAGUGCAACAGCGCCGUCUGGAAGUGCAACAGGACGAUCAAGACUCCGGUGGACGGGCCAUGGGUGGACUGCAUCGAGAGGUACCCAGUGCACAUCCCAGAAAUAGUGAAGCUCUGAUGAUAAUUCAGUUCAAAUAAACAAUAAUUAGAGCUAUAUAUAUAUAUAUGAAUCAAUCUGUAUUCAUAAAUUCAACAGUCACUCGUUAUAAUCUCUUGAAUUGUUCACGUUUGA